AUGUCAUUAGAGAUUCAGGAACAGACAGAAUGUCUAUCAGAUAUAACCAAUAAUACUUCAAUAACAGAGCAUCAAAUAAAAAGAAAAAUUGUACUAGAGACAUCUGAGGAAAUAGAGCCAAUUACGAAAAAAUCAAAAUCAAAAUCAAAUAAAACAACUUCGAAAUGGUAUCCGCCAUCAGUAACAUCAAUUGAAAAACCGUUUGAUUUCAAAACAACUACAUAUUUUUCAAAAGUUCCAAUUGAAAUUGAAAAAUUGACUUCGGAAGAGAAUGAAAACAGUUUUAUUGUAAUUGGGGUUGACGAAGCUGGUAGAGGACCAGUUCUUGGACCUAUGGUAUAUGGAAUUUCAUAUUCCCUUGAAAGAUUUUCAAAUGAUUUACAAAACAAAUAUGGAUUUGCGGACUCUAAAGUAUUAACAGAUGAUAAAAGACAAGAAUUGUUUAAAUUAAUUGAAGAUGAAACUCAUGAAUUAAAUAAAAAUGUAGGUUGGGCUACAACGACUAUUACUGCUAAAGAUAUAUCUUCAGGGAUGUUAAAAUCUAAAAAUGCUGGUGGAUCGGGAUUAUCUUAUAAUUUAAAUGAACAAGCACAUGAUGUUACAAUUGAUUUAAUUAAAAAUGUAGUUAAGUUAUUAAAUAAUCAUAUUAGUAUGAACAAAAUUAAAUUAUUUAUAGAUACUGUUGGACCACCAAUAACUUAUCAAAAUAAAUUGAAAAAUAUAUUUCCACAAAUAAAUGAAAUCAUAGUGACUAAAAAAGCAGAUAGCAUUUAUUCAAUAGUAAGUACAGCAUCAGUUGUAGCUAAAGUAACAAGAGAUUUGAAUAUAAAUUAUUUUACAAAUACUGAAUUUACAAAUGAAGUUAAGAGAAAUAUAUUGUACAAUGAAAAAUUAGGUUCUGGAUAUCCAAGUGAUCCAAAUACAAAUAAAUGGUUAAAUAACAUAGACAAUAUUGAUAAAUUAUUUGGAUGGUGUUUUGGAUUUAUUAGAUAUUCAUGGCAAACAACAAAAGAUUGUCUAAUAAAGAAUAAAUGUAUAAAUAUAAUUUAUGAAGAAGAUUGCGAAGAAUAUAUUAAAAAGAAGAAUGGAUAUAAAAAAGAUGUAUAUAAAUUAAUGGAAGAAGAAAACAAUAAUAAUAAUGUUAAACCGAAAUUUGAUAAGAGUUAUUAUGUAAAUACUUUUAAUAAUGGAAAUAUCUUAUAG